CUCUAACCCCCGCCGGCGCCGACCCCUCCCUCGCCAACUCCUCGGGCUGGACUCCCCUUCAUCUAGCCCUCUCACUCCGCCGCCGCACCCUCUCCGUCCUUCUCCUCCGUCAUCACCGCCUCUCCGCGUGGUCCAAGCUCCGCCGCCGCCUCCCUUUUCUCCUCCCUGCUCUCCGGCGCAUUCCCGACUUCCACCUCCACAUUUCUAUCCGCUUUGAAUCUCCUCUCCUCCCCUUCAUCCCGCGAUCCGCAAUCCCUUCCGAUGAUAUUCGCCUCGCGAAAAGCGCCUCGGAUCUUCGCGCAGAUCGUCGCCGCCGUUUGUCCUUUCUAUUCCUCUCCAACCCCGAUAAUCCCGAUCUUCCUUUUGGUUCUCUCCUUGUUCUCGACCGCGAUCGAAAGGAGAUCAGCGACGCAUUUGAUGGUGCAGAUGACGAGACCGAGGUCGAGGCGAUGGCCGCUGAUUCUACUGCCUAUCGCCCUGGGGUUGACAUCGGUAACGCUCGCCUGGUUCCGUGCACGACUUGGCGCCGUCGAGAGAGGAUGGAGACAGUCGGGGAGUGGAAAACUCGUGUCUAUGAGCUUCAGAAUGUGAUAUUUAGUUUCAAGACACUGGCCGCUUCUCUAGCGGAAGAGGAAUUGCCUGAGCUAAAGCUUGAUGAAGAUGCAGAAGAAGGGUUUAUUGUUGCGGAGCUUGGGAAUGUGCCUGCACGGCAUAGCUGUUAUGAGCGAGGGGGGUUUGGCCGUGCGGAAGAGAUGGAGAUGGGUCGGCGGAGGAGUGUGGAUGCGGUGGUGCCGGAGAGAUUUGGUGUGGGGAGUUGUGUGUUGAAGAGUAAGGAGAAGGAGGUGGUGAAGAAUUUGAAGCCGACGGUUUGGCUAACUGAGGAUUUUCCCUUGAAGACUGAAGAGCUUCUGCCGAUGCUGGAUAUACUUGCAGAUAAGAUUAAGGUUGUGAAGCAGCUCAGGGAGCUUCUCACGACCAAAUUCCCACCUGGGACUUUUCCGGUCAAGGUUUCCAUCCCAAUCAUUCCAACUGUGAGAAUGAUCAUUACAUUCACCAAAUACAUCAGUCUCCAACCAUCAGAACAGUUUUUCACACCUCUUUCAAGCCCGAGGCAUCUUCCAGCCCCGGAAGAGAGAGAUCAAAGUAAAUCAGAGAGCAUGAACCCAAAGUCAUGGCUGAAAUGGGGCAGCAGUUCUUCAACUAAAUCUUCCGUUUCACGAUCAAAAAUGGUUAACACGCAGAUGGAUGAGCAUGUGGAUCCAUUUAUUAUCCCGAGCGAUUACAAGUGGGUGAGUACCAAAGACAAAAGCCAUAGGAUAAAGACAACUAAGUCAAAAAAAGGGAAGCAAAAGGAGAUUUGGUGAAUGGAAUAUGGAUAAAGCUUCGUCUUCCCCAUUCUAUUAACUUCUUGAGGGGACCAUGCUGUUUAUAACAUUUUACUUAGUAUAGCUUGGAGUCUGCAAACAUGGAGAUAAUAUAGGCUGACUAGAUGGAAAGGAGAAGUUAGAACCCGAAAUGGAUUUGGGCGUUGUAAAAGGGUGUUGGUAGUUUGGUAAAAAAAAAAAAAAAAAAGAACUUUUCUUACGUAAUUGUUGUCUAAAUAGUUUAGGGAAUAUGUUUUUGUUGUAAUUUUGAAUGAUAUUUUAUUGGCCAGGAAGAAGGGAGUUUGCAAAUUUUGGCUGAUGUCGUGCUUGAAUUCGACCAAAUUUUAGUCAAUACAAAAUCAAAUUCAUGCUCGAUCCGAAUUUGUUUCUGGAUCUAAAUUGAGUUCUUAGAUUGAUUCAAUUUGAAUUUACUCAAUUCUUGUUUCCAAGUUUAAGUCAAUUAGUACUUUGUUUUCGUUCAAUUGUAUAUGUAAUAAUUAAAAGCAUGAUAUUAAUAAAAAAUUGUGCUUGUGUAAAAGAAACAACAAAUAAUAUUAAGUGCAUGUUGUGCUGCAUGUGUCAGAUUUUAGGUACUUGCGUACUCUUGUAUAAUAUAUAUGUUUCAGCCAAUCAUACCUGGUUAACCGUCAUCAUGCUUUGAUAAAUAAAAAUUUGAUCUUCAUGGGCUUUUGUUUCCCUCCUAAAUACAUAUUCAUGUAUAAGAAUUACUUGAAUCAUUAUGUUGAUUUUCACGAUACUGUUGUUCAUGCCAUUAAUAUGCAUGUUGAACGAGAUCCUAUUUUUGCCCUAGGGAAUAAAUUGAAGAUUGUUAAAAAAGCUCUUUUAAGUGCUAAUUUGGCCUUUCAUAAGUACAUACUUAAGGCCUGUUUGGGGUGGUUUAUUGUUGCUUUUGUGUUUUUUAAAACAGGAUUUAUGUGUUUGUUUCGUGUGUUUCGCCUACUUAUCCCAAAUGCCGCUCACAUUUUAUUAUUUACACGGCCGCGGGCUGGACCUCGUGGCCUGCGUUCUUACCUUUCGGAGUUAACGCGCUUUUAAUCUCAUUAAGGAUUUGUAGAUCUCUCAAAAGGACAUUCAUUCUACUUUGAAUGCUCGGCCUCUUUCUAAAAUUUUCCUUUCUCAAAGCAAUCAAAUUCAGAAUAUGUUUAUUGAAGCUACUUUUUGUGAAACUCUUGGAUUAAGCAAAGCCCAAAGUAUUAUUGGUUCUAUAAAGGAGAGAAUGAUACAACAUUUUUCUGUCGAAAAAUUGAAAGUAGAAGCGAUAAAAAGUUUUUUAAAGAGUUAUUUCAAAUAAUGAGAGUGUGAUACUCAACUUGGCAUUGUCAAA